GACCCAACGUUACGAAUACUUAUGAUUCCUAUACUUGCGCUCGCAGAGGCCGUUCUUUCAUAUCAAUUCGCCGCCACGUACAAUAGGACUUUUUCUCGUGCUUUAUUGAGCAAUGAGCGCAACUCAAGACCGACAUGGACCUGGUACCUCAAAUUUGGCGCCUUUGCCGCUUAACUCGGCUCUUCUAUCUCCCUGGGACUUUCUUCGGCCGACAAAAAAGCUGCGCACUGAGGUCCUAGAUACUGCAAAAAUAUUCUUGGAUUCCCUUGCUAGUUCUGUCUGCGAUUCUCAAAAUACUCGUCAGCGAAACUCCAAAAAACGGAAGCGGCCUGACGAUGAUCAUCACGCGGCCUCCAUUUUGCGGCUCAGGCAAUUAUAUGUGGACGGAUUUACUUCAGACCAAGUGUGGGAGCAAGCUCUACGUAUCUUUAAUUCCGCCGAUCAAGAAAUACAGCGCGAUUAUACUGUCUGCGCCAACAACCGACAGCCUGGUUCUUCAGAAGAAAGCCCAUCUGAAGAUGGUAUCAACUCCUUGAGAGAUGCUUCUGAUGAGCCUGAGGAUAUCUUGGAGGAUUUCAGCGAUGACAACGAGCAGGGCGGCGAACGAGACGGUGAGGCUGAAGACUCGUCUCAGAGCGACUUGGAGGAGAGCGAGGAUGGAGUUCAUCAAACAGAGGAAGACCCGUACGACGAAGAGGAUGAAAACCUUGGCACAUACAUUGAAGAUCGAUUUGGAUUGAACGACGGCUUUUUCUCCAUCGAUGACUUCAAUAAACAAACUGAGCUAUUCGAGCAAAGAGAUGCUCGGGGUGACGUGGAGGACGAAAGUGAUGAGGAAGAUAUCAACUGGCAUGCGAAUCCCCUUGACGCACGAGGCCCUAGUACUCUUUCUCAAAAACAGGAGAAAGCUGUCGGGGUUGAUGAUGAUUUGAGUGGAAGUGAUGAUGACGCUAGUGAAGAAGAGGGUCCUACUUUUGAUAAUAUGGCUGAGUUAGAUUCUGAAGACGAGGAUGUUACUGCUGCAGCUGGGGCGGGUUUCUCCAAUACAAGUGAUAUCAUGUACGCUGACUUCUUUGCACCUCCACCUCGCAAAGCGUCAGCCAAAAAGUCACGCCCGUUACCCAAAACGCAGCCACGCAUUACUGACAAUGACAUUGACCGUGCAAUGGCGGAUGUUCGACGUGACUUGUUUGAUGAUGAUGAGGCAUCAGUUCAAGAUAGUGACAAUGAGCCUGGUGUUGGUCGUACCCACCAAUCGACGCACGAGAAGCAGCGCGCGCGCAUUGCAGAUGAGAUUCGACGCUUAGAAGCUGCUAAUGUGGCUAAGAAAGAAUGGAUGGUAUCCGGCGAAGCUCGGGCAGCGGAGAGGCCUGUCAACUCACUCAUAGAAGAAGACUUGGAUUUUGAGAGGGUUGGAAAGCCUGUGCCUGUGGUAACCACGGAACUGUCUGAAAGUAUAGAGGAAUUGAUCAAGCGGCGAAUCAUAGCCAAAGAAUUUGACGAAGUCAUACGCCGCCGUCCCGGGCUGUUAGACCGACAACUUACCCAAAAGGCUCGGGUUGAAAUUGAAGACAGCAAACCGCAGCAGGGCCUUGCGGAGCUCUACGAAACAGACCAUAUUCGGACAACGGAUUCAAAUUACGUUGACCCGAAGCACCAGAAGCUCCUGAAAGAGCAUACUGAAAUCACCAACCUCUGGAAGGAGAUCAGUUCUCAACUAGAUACGCUCUCCAACUGGCAUUACAAACCUAAGGCGCCGCAGGCAAGCAUCAAUGUGGUUACGGACGUGGCAACAAUUACUAUGGAGGAUGCUCAACCCACUGCCGGUGGUGCUAUACGCGCAUCGGCAGCACUCGCUCCUCAGGAGAUUUAUGCACCGAGCGAGACCACGAGAGCCACUGGUGAGAUCGUGAUGAGAGACGGGGUGCCCGUAACCAAAGAGGAAAUGACCCGAGAAGACAAGGCGAGAUUCAGACGCCGGCAGAAGAAGAUGGCUCAGGCGUCUGCUAAUUCCAAUCAGCCACGGUCUAGGAAAGCACUUGAAAAGCAGCAGAUUGUUUCGGACCUGAAGAAGGCCGGGGUCAAAUUGAUUGGGAAAGAAGGCGACAUGAUGAACAUUAAUGGGAGUAAGAUUGUUGGGACAGUUGAUAGGAAUGGGGCCCAUGCGAUAAAACUCUAG